CACUCCCCGAGAGAGCGAGAGACAAAUCUGCAUCCCCCUGUCAUAUUUUCCACCCCUAUUUUGACAGCCGUUUGAUUGAAGUGUCCGUGUGUGCCGGAAAAGCUUCGACGGGCUGGGUGGAGAGUAAAAGCGGAGAGUGACGAUCCCCAUCAAGCCAACGCAGAGCGCGAAUCGAGCCGAGAGAGAGUGUGUGUGUGAGAAAGAACGACGACGAGUGGAGCGGUGAAAAUGUCGACAAACGAUGCUAACUUUAUGCUGUUUCCAAACAUCAACGAUUGUUCGUACGUUUCGUGCUACUGCGAAGAAAAUGUCUGGAAACUGUGCGAGCAAGUGAAGAAAACAUACCCUUCGGAGCUGCCGAAAUGCUACGCUGUGUUUGUGUCGAACGAACGCCGGACCGUGCCGCUGUGGCGACAGAAGGCGGGCCGUGGCGAUGAGAAGCUGGUGAUAUGGGACUACCACGUAUUUUUCAUGCACAACCCGUCACCGAACCGGUGUCUGGUGUUUGAUCUAGACACGACGUUACCGUUCCCGACCUACUUCCACAAAUACGUUACCGAAACGUUCCGAUCGGAUUAUGCCUUAACGCCAGAGCAUCACAGAUUCUUCAGAGUGAUACCGGCAGAAAAAUAUUUGGCAGAGUUUUCGUCCGAUCGACGGCAUAUGCGUAGACCGGAUGGAUCCUGGAUUAAACCACCGCCGUCCUAUCCACCAAUACAGACAAGCGCGAGCACCCACAGCUUAGACGACUUUAUCUGCAUGAAGCCCGGGAAAGGACCGGGCGCGGUGUACGAUUUGCUACAUUUCGUACAACAGUUCUACAAACCGCCGGAUCGGAACAUCGGUACCAAAACGCAAAAUUAAAAGCACAUUAAGCAAGGCACGACGUUACGCGGCGUACGAAUGUUUAACGAUGUCGGUGGCAAUAGCUAGCGAAGAACUAAUUAGCGUGCGCGGUAAAGUGGGCAAUUCGGGCGUCGACUGACUGUAAAAGCGUCGCUAUUACGGAGGCGAACGUGGGAUACGGUACCUUAUCAGAACACAACACCAGGAAUACGCACCGUGCCAUUGUGUAAGAAGCAUCAAAGUCGGUAGCAUGUUGUUGUUUUUUUGUUUGUUUUAAUGCUGAACGGGACAAGGAUCGUUGUGUCCGCGAUGAGGCGAUGAGUGCAAUAAAAUCGUGUAAGGGGUUUGCUACCGCUACGUAACAACGCAAAACCGAUAGCCUAAGCAAACGGGGAGCGAUAUAGCAUUUUAAAAUUGCUUCCAAUAAUAUAGCUAACCAAGGGGGUAAUUUUUGCGAAUGAACUCACCUUGCAGUUCAUAGCUGAAAGUGAAUAAAAAGAUGCUUGAAGCGAAAGCCACAAAAUCCUUCAAAUGUUAAAGCUGCUUUCACAGCUUCGUGCGACUAUUGGGCAAUGAAUUUCGUUAUUAAAAGUAGCUAUGAGGCCAGCUAACUAUUCAAAGUGCACCAUUGAUCAUUGGCUAGCAAGGGGCAAAAUAUAUGUAUUAUGGUAUCAAAAAUCAAAUAAUGCACCCUAAAAAAAGAUGCAAGCAUUAAAAACCAAUUGAGAGCUACAGAGAGAGAAAACAAACAAACUACGAAUUGCGGCAGUUGCAGCAAAGACUUAUUGUUAUCUAAUGUAAUAAAAAAAAACGGUACGUCGUUGGAAAAUGAGGCGUUAGAAAACAUCGUCCUUGAAAAAAAAAAUCAAAAAUACAUAGCACAAUAACAUACAUUAUUAAAGUGCACCACAAAUCAGCAAACCGCAACACAAAAACACUGACAAAAAGGUUACUAAAAAUGAGAAGAAAGAUAACUAUGGAAGCAAACCAGUGACGAAAUAUUGCAUAGGCCGCACGUACAUUACUUCUGUUGUUUAGACAAACAAGCGUAACAUAAAUCUCAAGGGGAAUAACACACUGCAGAGAUGGUAUCAAAAAAAACGGUCGUUCUCAAUGCGUUUACCCUUAAAUGCACACAGCCUAAUUGAGAAGCUAAUAAGAGUUGGCAAAGAAAACAGAAAAAAAACAAAAGGUGGAAAAAUCGUAACGGAACAUUAUGUAUGGAAAUGUAUCUUCUACUCUACAAUGUGAUAUUAGUUAACUAAUUACAAACAUUACCAAACCAUUACCCGUGGGUGAAACAAAACAGAAGAAAGAGGAAACAAGCAUACAACCGAAUUAUGAUGAAAUAACAAAUGACACAUGCAGAAACGAAAAACUCACAUAAACAUACAAGCACACACAUACACACACACAAUAACAUGCAGUAAGUUGAACGUGAUUCAGGCUAGAUCUUUUAAACUACUAAGUUGAGGAAAGUUUUAAUAUGCUUCCAAUGCAAACAGAACUAUUUCUUUUCCUGUCAACACCAUCGAUUGGUUAAUUAAUUGUAUUUUUCCGU